AUGGCCGAAGUCUACUUCUCCUUCUUCUCUCUAGUCCUCAUUUUCCCACUCUCCCUCUUAAUCCUCCUCUACUUCAUAGUCCGUCCCAAGCCCGCUCACGUCCCAAUCAAGAAUCGCCAUGUGUUCAUCACCGGCGGAUCCAGCGGCAUCGGGCUCGCCCUUGCCCACCUCUGCGCGCGCGGCGGCGCCGACGUUACACUCCUGGCCCGAAACGCCAGCAAGCUCGAAGAGGCCAAGCAAUCCAUCAAGCUCGCGACGGGGCGUGACGUCAGGGUCUUCAGCGUCGACGCCAGGGACUACGACGCCGUCAAGCGCGCGGUGGAGGAGGCCGGCCCGAUCGACGUGCUCGUGUGCAACCAUGGGGUUUACAUCCCGCAGGAAGUCGAGCAUCAAGAUAUGGAGGAGAUCAAGUUCAUGAUCGAUGUGAAUCUGACGGGAACAUUCCACCUGAUUAAGGCCGCCUUGCCCCGUAUGAAGCAGACUCGGGCCGAGCGUGGACCCGGUUCUAUUGCAAUCAUGUCUUCCCAGGCUGGUCAGGUUGGCAUUUACGGUUAUGCAGCUUAUUCAGCCAGUAAGUUUGGCCUCAGGGGUUUGGCAGAAGCACUUCAGCAUGAGGUUAUAACAGACAACAUUCAUGUGUCCCUCAUUUUCCCUCCAGACACUGAUACUCCCGGAUUUGCCGAAGAGUACAAAAGGAGACCUCAACUUACUAGCAUAAUAGCUGCUUCCUCUGCCGCUCAGAAAGCCGAUGAUGUUGCCCAAAAAGCUCUGGAUGGGAUUCAGUCCGCCUCGUUUAACGUUAACUGCAAUCUAUUGGGCAUUAUGCUUUCUGGUGCAACUGCUGGGCUGUCCCCACAGAGAUCGUAUCUGAUGGCAUUCUUGGAGGUUAUGACUGCUGGUUUAAUGCGCGUUGUUGCUCUGUUUCUGCAGUGGAGUUGGUUUGCAGAGAUCGAGAAGUUUCACGCCAAGAAAUAG